AUGAACCCAAAUGCUGUUGCUACUUUUGCUGCAGGUUGCUUUUGGGGAACCGAACAUUUCUUCGUGCGACAAUUUGGCGCUGCUCUCAUUUCCCACAAGGUUGGUUUUAUGGGAGGAAAAGAGCUUCCUGAGAUGAACUAUCAAUUGGUGAAGAAAGGGGACACCGGUCAUGCAGAAGUUCUUCAAGUGACUUACAACACUAAUGAACUAACGUACGACGCGCUACUCAAUUUUUUUUUCCGCAUGCAUAACCCCACCACGCUAAAUCGACAAGAAGGCGAUGUCGGUACACAAUAUCGAAGCACCAUAUUUUAUCACAAUGAGGAGCAGCGGAACGAGGCGGAAAGUUUCAUCGAAAAGUUGAAUGGCGGCGACGAAAAACUACGUGAGAAUAUUGUUAAAGCAUUUGGUAGUAGUGCUAAGGUUGUAACAACGUUGGAAAGGGCGUCUCGCUUUUAUCCUGCUGAAGAUUAUCAUCAAAAUUACCUUGAGGAAAACCCCAAUGGGUAUUGUGCACACCGUCUCUACUGGUGA